UAUUUUUGUUGAGUUAAUUUAUUUUUUCUUUAUUGUUUGGGUGUAUAUUAAGACAUUAAAAUUAAUAUUUUAGCUAUGGAAAACUUCCAGUCCAAGAAACAGAAAAAUGAAGAUCUAGAGGUAACUGGAGUUUCAAGAAGUGGUAGAGUAAGAAAAAAGUCGUCAAAAUUAGUAGAUUUUGAAUCACCCGAUGAGAUAGACAGGACUUUUAAUAAAAAAGGACCUUCCGCAGUUGCUAGAAAACUGGAGACCUUUGAAACACCGCCUAGGAAGUCACAAAAGUUUGAUGAGAUGUAUAUGAAAGACGAUAAUUAUGAGAAUUACGAUAUGGAAGAAAGUGGUUCAGAAUAUAACAGUGAAUAUGAACAGCCUGCAAAUACAACUGAAUCAAGUAUAGAUGAAUCUGUUGAAUCAGACAGUGAUUAUGAUGAUGCAGAAGGAGGUGGAUUUAGAAGACUUGAUACAAAUUCUUCGAAAAAGAAAUUGGUUAUAAAAGAUGGUAGAAUAUUGAAGACAGAUAAACAUAAAGGAAAAGAAAAAGAACAAUUUGGUGGAAGUUUCAAACCAGCAACUAAAAUGACACCAAAGAUGACGGGCAAAAAGACACCAACAAAUAAACCAGGUCAGGGUCCACUAGCAGCUUUUCAAAUUAGUGGGAACACUUAUGAAAAUGUCAAUGUGUCACCACCAAGUCCAAGAGGAAAAGAAGCCCCAUACAAAGUUAUUGGAAUUAAACCUAUUGAUGUUGCUGCACAUUUGAAGCUUCUUGGAGAAAGUCUAACUAUUAUAGGAGAACGUUUAAAGGAACAUGAGGGACAAAUAGCAGUAUCAGGAAGUUUAUCUGUUCUGUUAGAUUCGCUCUUAUGUGCUCUUGGCCCCCUGCUGUGUCUUACCCAGCAGAUUCCGGAAUUACAAGAAAAUUCAUGUACUCCUGAACAACUCAUGAGUACUUUAGACAAUGUGGCAUUCAUUAUGCCCGGUCUCUAAGAAAUAGUUGUAGUAGUGUUAAUUAUUAAUUUUUUUUCUGAAGUUGUAUUAGACAAUUAUUAUAUUAUUAUUAUUA